CGGAAUCUACAUAUGGUUCAUUAUAACGGAUCUCAUAAGAGACGAACGGUUGUUAUUAACAACGUUUUUAUAUUUAUGCAAAUGUUUACACAUAAUGUUAUAGAAUAAAUUUUAUGUGAAUGACAAAUACUACUGACUUGUUUGUAAUUAAUUUUUAAACUUUUGUUGACAAAAGAAUAAAUGAUUUAUUUUCAUUUGAGCAGAAGUGAAUAAGAACAUAUUAUGAUAUUAGUAUAUAGAAUUUCAGGAAAUGAAAAAAACUCUUAAUAAACAAUUAUUGUUUUUUUUUUUCAUUUUGUAAAUUCAGCCUUAAGCGGAACAAGUGAAGCUUUUGUAUUUUAGGUAUAAGAAAAGUUUCGCCACAAAUAUCUCGCAGCGGAAAAGACAAACUGACAGAUUCAUCGCUUAAAUGCAUUCAUCGCAACCAGUUUCCGAAAGUAGGCGAAAGAGCCUUUGGGAUCCCGCAAAUGACAAAUCAUGCGUACCCGAUAAGGAACACGUCCUCAUUUUGUAAACAUGGCACGUUCUUUGACCACUCAAAAGUCACAGUACGAGUCAAAGUUAAGAUGAAUCAUAACGUCAUGUUAGAUGGCGACACUAAAGAUAAUUAUAAGCAUGUGACUGGUGGGAAAGGAGUAAUUUCCAGUUCAAUGACAAAAGAUGAUACACAUCCAAAUAUCAUGGAUGAAAUAAGCGAUCUCAAAGAAAGGAUAAAAUCAAUUUGGGAUAAUGUUUCGGAUAAAACAGAUACAGUACGAAUGGCGGAGCAAACAGAGGUAUUGACGGUUACAGAGAUGUUGAGCAGUAUCGAAAUGUCAAUGAAGAAUAACAAAUCAAAAUUAAAACGGCAACUGGCCAUGCGAGAAGAAAUUAAAUAUCAAAGGUCCAUCUUUAAAAAUUUAUACAAUGUUAUUAACGAAGAAUCUGAAAGUAAAACUUCAGAAAGCGGGUAUGGCAAUUCUAGACGAGAAACUGUGGAAAUCGUAGAAACAUUUAAGAGAUGGAAAACAGAUAGACAUCAACUCAUAAGAAUUGUGGAGCCACUUUUACAAGACGUUAUGGCAUUACUUACCACUGGACCAUUGCAUUCUUUAAUGCCGAAACAGUUUGCCACUGAGGAGUCCAAUUGCCAAGUGUCGCCGAUGUUUCAACAAAUGUUGUCUAGAAUCUGCUGUAUAAAACAAUGUUUAGCCGAUACUUUUCAAAACUUUCAGAAGAAAUUCGUUACCACUGAACUGUUUGUUGAACUUCAAGAAGAUAAUAAAAGAUUAAAUUGCGACAUAAACAAACUGCAGACAGAAAAGGAUGAGCUGUUAAAUAGGUUAUCGAAAGUAGCUGGAGCAAACCUCACAGACAACAACCCGAAUAUAGCUGAUCUUAGUGAUCCAAAUCGAGCCACAAAACUAGCUGAACAAUUUUCUGAACUUUAUGAUAAUGAAUGGACAGAUGCUUUUGAAGACCUGAAAAUAACUGAUGAAAAAGAAUGUAUUGCUUUUCUGUUAAACAUUCUUGUUGAGUCGUAUAAAAUGUGUGGAACAAUUUCUUGUAAUCAACAAAGUUGGUUAGCUAACAUGCUGCGGAAUCCGACCGAAUGUUUAUCUCUUAAUACAAAAGUGAAACAGCCGAAAGACGAAAUCAUCCUUUCAAAGGUUCAAUCAAGAUCUUUAGCUGAGCUUAGAAAAAUGUGUGCAGAACUUUCUGUAGCUGAUGUCAAAAUGUUCAUUGCAACAAAAUAUAAACAAUGGGUGAGCAAAGAACAUCUGGAGAUUUACACAUUAAAGUGUAUCGAGUUGUGUUGGCUAAUGCAUCUUCAGACACCACCUGUGUACCUUGAUUAUGCUGUUACCAUUAACUCUACAUUCGAUACAAACAAAUACAAGCCAUAUACUAAAUCAGGGUUAACUAUAGAUUAUCAAGUAUGGCCAGUUCUUCUUCUUCACAAAGAUGGACCUCUCCUAUGUAAGGGGGUUGCACAAGGAAAGUAAAUACAUGUGCAUACAAAUGAAGACACUUCAACUCGUCAACUCGUACAAGUACAAAUGUUGCUGCAAUGCAGCAAUUGAGAAUCUCCGCGCAAAAAAAAAUGCGCUCAUUACAGAUACCUUACCAACGCACUGGUCACGUUCUAUUCAGAUUAAGUACUAUUGUACAUUAUUCCGAAUAUUUUGCAUCUAUUUUUGCAUCAUUAUACUUAUCGUAUACACUGUCCAUUAGAGAGGGGCCAGAUAUCAAAUUUUCAAAAAAAAAUGCUUUUACUAAGCCCACCUGGUAAGGAAUGUAAUUCCAUUGAAUACAAACAAGACUUACAAGACUUGUAAAUGUAAUGUGACAUGACAAUAGUGCAACAGUGUCCCUAUUGCAUGAAAUAUCAAAUCAUUUUUUCUUUCUUUUUCACCUAUAAUCCUACUCAUUUUCUACAAAUAUGUACAUCUUAUCAUAGUAAGAAGUAUUAAAAUCCAUAUGUAAAUAAGCCAAAACAAAAACUUACACGGAUUUUACUUCUCAAAAUGUCCUUUGCAUGUUUCGCGGCAAAUUGUUUAUCAUGAUAUAACAAGAAACGCAUUGAUGCUGAUGCAAAGCAUCAAAGGGCGUCCAAGCAAGAAAUUCAGCAAAUGACGUUGAACUAGUAGACAUCUGAUGAAUAGAUAUUCUUAUAGUGUUAAGCGGUUAAUUUGAUUUUCCCGGAUUGUAUAUCAUAGAUAAAUCGGAGGACAAAAAACAUUGUACAUCGUGAACUUUGGUAGAUUGCUAGAGAUUAGAAUAUUAAAUGUAAUUUCUUUGGAACAUACAAAACAAUAGUCAAAAUGAACAAAGUCUGUUUUUCAUUCAUUAUAAUUGUAACAAAAAUACAAAUAGUAACAAAAAGGACUAAUUUAGUAAUAGAACAUGUAUUUUUUCAUGUCAAAUAAAAAAAAUGGUUUCUUUUAAUACCCGGGAUUUAAGAUUUAAAGUCCCAGAUAAACACUAAAAGUAGAACACGCACUGGAAUAUAAAAAACAAAUUGGGAUGAAUUUCAAAAAGACCAAAUUCAGGAUUUUUUUAUACACGUUAUAUGGUGAUACAUUAUUUAUCAAUAUAAUGUAAGACUGUUACCUGAAUUUUAGACUGGUAUGAGGAAAUUCACUUACAUCAUGUUUGAACGAGUCAAAGAUAUAAAAGCUGCUUGACAUUGGCGAUAUAAAAAGAGCUAAUGUUAAUUGAUUUAUCAGGAGAUCAAUAUACUAUUUUGUUGAUUUGCUUCAAAACCCUCUGUGUUUAAAUUCUUAAAAUAUAUAACUCCUCACGUUCAAACUGCAGGCGAAAGUUGCUGUUGUUAAAAUGUCACAGUAUUCGGCAAAUCAAAACCACCAUAAAACCGAUUGCCUUCAAUCAAAAUAGAAUCAACUUCUUACAGACAAAUUUUGAGAAAUAAGGGUCGACUUAAAUAUUCACAGUAAAAAUAUCAGACGACAAUCAGUGUCGUAAAACAGAAUGGAGCUAUAUACCGGAAAGAACGAAUGACCAUUUCGUUAAGACUAAAACUACUUCUAUAAAAAGAUUUUCGGAGUUUCAUCUAGCUAUUUAUAGCUUUCGAAUUCAUGUACAAUUUGUUCCCGUUCUCAUUCAUUAAUAGGACAUUCUGCGAAUCACCGAAGGGGAAACCAAUAUAUGACUCUACAUAAUAGAAAUCGGAAGGAGUUCUUGAAUCCGAAUUUAUUUAUAGCUGUAAUUCGAAGGGAUUAAUUGAUAAAAAAUCGGGCACAUGGCCUUUGGGCGCGGAGCAAUUAUAAACUAUUCAACUUAAAUCAAAUGCAGACCAAUAUAUAUUAAAUUUAUAUCAUUCUAACACACUUUCAAUCUUUCCUGUGCCUCGCCUUGAUUUACCUAUCUUGUUUCCAUCCAAGUUUCAGUGUGAAAUAUCUUGUAAAACUCCCUAUGUAUUUAAUAAUAAACUGUAAUGAUUAAAUUCACAUUAAUUAUGAAUAAAUAUAUAUUAGAA